UCUUCUCCUCCCUCCUCUCUCUGUCUCUCUGGCAGCGGCAGAGGUGAAGCCCAGUCGCCGCUGCUGUUCGCUCGGGCUCCCUGCUCCUCCAACACAGGGGGGAGAAAAAAAGAAAAGAAAAAAAAAACGGCUCUGGGAUUAUCAUCCAGCUCGGUAAACGCAACUAGCUCACCGGCUAACGGUCAGGACAGCAGCCGAGGGAAGCGCCAUGAGAAGCCGCUGGAGCCGGUGAAAGUUACUUCGGGGGACGUUAAUGCACGGAAACACACGAAGGAGACGAAGAAGGAGGAGGUUCGCGGGUCAUGCCGUCGCACCCGACGUGGACUUUUCUCUAGGAUAUCCAAGGCUAGCUCCGCGGGCUAGCGAGGCUACAAACUAUUUUUAAUUGGCUUUCGGGCUCCAUGGCUCUCGCUCGUUUCUCCCCGUCAUAGCGAGAACACGGGGAGAAGAGAGAAGAGGGAGAGAGAGGCUCCGCCGCGGAGUUCAUGACAAACCAAAGCCCGACUUUUGACGCGUUUCUUCGGAAGAAGAGAGGGGCAAAGGAGCCGAAAAUGAAGAAGCAGUUCAACCGCAUGAAACAGCUCGCAAAUCAAACUGUUGGCAGGGCAGAGAAGACUGAAGUCCUCAGCGAUGACCUCCUGCAGAUCGAGCGGCGGAUGGACCUGGUGCGCGUCGUGUCCCACAACACGCACAAGAGGAUGGUGUCGUGUCUGCAGGGACACAUCGGCGCAGACGCAGAGAAGAGACACUCCGUACCACGCCUCUAUACCGGAAACGGUCAGAAAAAGCUGCCUCUCACUGCGCUGUCCCAGGCAAUGGUGGAAGGUGGAAACCAACUGGGAGAAGACUCCUUGAUCGGGAAGAUGAUGGAAGUGUGCGGCGAGGCGGAGAACCGUCUGUCUUCAGAGCUGAUGCAACACGAGCUGCAGAUCGAGAAGGACGUUCUGGAUCCUCUGAGUCAGCUCGCAGAGGUGGACAUUCCCAACAUCCUGAAGCAGAGGAAACAGCUCGCCAAGUUAGUGCUGGACUACGAUUCUGCCAGAGCAAGAUGGUUGCAGGCAACCAAGUCAAUAAUCUCAGGAACAAAUACACAAGCACUGACGGCCAAGGCUGACCUGCUCAAGGAGGAGGUGGAUGAGGCCAUGAACAAAGUGGAGCUUUGCAAGGAUCAACUUGCUGCAGACAUGUACAGUUUCUCCUCAAAGGAAGGCGACUAUGCCUGCUACUUUGUAACGCUCUUAGAAGCUCAAGCUGAUUACCACAGAAAAUCUCUCAGUCUCUUGGAGAGUGUCCUGCCAACCAUCCAGGCUCAGCAAGACUCGUGGACCGAGAAGCCUGCGUUUGGCACCGGGCUGGACGAACACCUGAAGAGGAGCGGGCGAGAGGUCGCUCUGCCGUUAGAAGCCUGCGUCAUGAUGCUUCUGGAGACUGGCAUGAAGGAAGAGGGUCUGUUCAGAAUCGCAGCAGGAGCAUCCAAGCUAAAGAAGCUAAAGGCGGCGCUGGACUGUUCCACGUCACAACUGGAGGAGUUCUACUCUGACCCCCAUGCUGUUGCUGGAGCUCUGAAGUCUUACCUGAGGGAGUUGCCUGAACCUCUAAUGACCUACCAGCUGUAUGAUGAAUGGAUCCAGGCGUCGAGUGUGUCGGACCCAGACAAGAGGCUGCAGGCGCUCUGGGUCGUUUGUGAUAAGCUACCAAAGAACAACAAAACCAACCUGAGGUAUCUGGUGAAGUUUUUAGCCAAACUGGCUCAGGACAGCGAGGCCAACAAAAUGACUCCCAGCAACAUCGCGAUUGUCCUGGGACCCAAUCUGCUGUGGGCCAAGACCGAGGGGACUCUGGCUGAGAUGGCUGCAGCUACCUCUGUGCACGUGGUGGCCAUCGUGGAGCCCAUCAUCCAGCACGCUGACUGGUUCUUUCCUGAGGAGGUGGAGUUUAACGUGUCGGGCAUGUUUGCGAUGCCCGUCCCCGCCUCAAACCACAACAACCACCUGGACUACGACAGCGGCACCAUCGAGAGGAAGAGGCCCGGCAGCGCGAUGGGACCAGACGGCGACGCGUCACGCAAAGACAACACCACCCCUAACAAGCACUUGGACCACACCCUGCGUAGAGGCAGUAACACCUUAGGUAGAAAGCAGCACACCUCACCUGCCUUCCAGCCUCCUUUACCCCCUGUGGAGGCUCCAGCAGGGCAGGGCCACGGGGCCGGGCCGCUACCCCAGCCCCUGGCCGAGCCUCAGCCACAGGCUCCUCCAGGGGGUUCAGGGCCUGACGCGGGUCAGCAUAGCUUGGCGCAGGGUUUGGCCGCUCUCGCAGCCGCUCAGCAGCUUCUAGCCCAGCACACAGAAGAGCUCAGUAACCCAAAGCUACGAGACUCCACAGCCGCGCCGACGCCUCUGCUCCAGAGGAACGGCUCUGGAGCAGGAGGAGGAGCAGGAGGAGGAGCAGGAGGAGCAGGAGGAGCAGGAGGAGGAGGUGGCCAGGCUGCAGGACAGCUGGGCACCGGGACAUCAGGAGCCGGAUCCAUGGGGCCAAGUCCUCAUAUGAUGCGCAGAGGUACAAAGAAACAGGCUCCGCCUCCUCCCAAACCCACCAACCCUCCUCCCUGUCAGCCGUGUAAUCCACUCAACCACGCCUCCUCCUCCUCCUCCCCGACGCCCAGACCGCUGUCCAGCCACUCCCCCACCUCGCCGUCCUCGCAGCCAUGUGCCACGCCCAGACGCCACUCCAGCAACCAGCCGCCGCUGCACGCGCCCAGCCACCCGCCGCCCGAGCCGCCCAACCAGUCCAGUCCCCCGAUGCCGCUCGCAUCGCUCGCUCAGUCUGGCGCGGACGCGUCGCCUCCGAGCACGCCGACGCCUCCGGACACGCCUCCUCCGACCUCGGCUGCCGCCGGCCAGGACACGGCUGCUCCUCCGUCUCCGUCUCCGUACCAGACCGGCUCCCUCCCACGACCGCGGCCCGUCCCCAAACCGCGGAACAGACCCAGCAUCCCGCCGCCGCCGCAGCCCAACACGCCGGGCGGCGACGCUAACGGAGUGUGUGCGUUUAAGACGACGGACCCGGUGAUGUCGUUCAGAGGACUGAGUCGAGCUCUGAUCCCAGAGUUCUCUGCAGAGCAGCAGCCAGCGAUGUCCUCGUCGUCCUCGUCCUCUUCGUCUUCGUCCUGUUUCCUGUCUCUACCUAAAGACUGUGACCUGGACAGUGAGAGCACCGUCCUCUAAGCAGGAGACACUGAGACGCACUGGUCCACAAACUCCUCGCACUUUCACCUCCUCUUCC